AUGGCAGGAACCAACGGUUCGUCGUACGGUACAUCCUGGGCCGACCAGUGGGAUUCCGGGCCGGACCCUGUCUACCAUCCCGACCUCCAAAAGACCAACAACGGCGGCGGCGCGGCCAAGUACAAGCAGAAGGUGGGAGAUGGGCUGGGGAAGACCAAGACGGUGGCUUUGACAGGGAUGAAGAAGGUCAAACAAGGCUCUUGUGUUGGGUUCCAUUGGAUCAAGGACAAGUACCAGAAGACCACCCAGAAACAUUGA